AUGGCGGACGUUGAAGUCGAUGCAGCAGCCGCCGCGGCCGGGAUUCCAAAGAAGAGAACGUUUAAGAAGUUCAGUUUCAGAGGCGUUGAUUUGGAUGCACUUCUCGACAUGUCCACUGAUGAGCUCGUCAAGCUCUUCAGUGCUCGUGCUCGUAGAAGGUUCCAGAGAGGUCUCACCAGAAAGCCCAUGGCUCUCAUCAAAAAGCUUCGCAAAGCGAAAAGGGAGGCACCACAGGGUGAGAAGCCAGAACCUGUUAGGACUCAUCUUCGUAACAUGAUUAUUGUACCCGAGAUGAUCGGAAGCAUUAUUGGAGUGUACAAUGGGAAGACAUUUAACCAGGUUGAGAUCAAACCUGAGAUGAUUGGGCAUUACCUUGCCGAGUUCUCUAUUUCAUACAAGCCUGUUAAGCACGGUAGACCUGGUAUUGGUGCUACUCACUCUUCCCGGUUCAUUCCUCUCAAGUGA